AUGAUCCACCCGAUGGGCUCUGACAAGCCAACACGGCCUGGAGGAUAUGCUACUGCUGCCGCGCCCGGCAAUUUCCUGCUGGCGUCCUCAGAGAAUGCGCAUUGGAUCCAGGAUGUCACGGAUCCUUUGGCUGAUGACUUCCGGAACUUGAAGGAGCCCGGGCCGCAGCUGUCCCGGGAGGGCCCCUUCUUUGUGGUGGAGGGCCCUGAGGCCAUUCGUUUGCUUCUGGCCAGCGAUUUUGCUGUGACGAAGCUUCUGCUGAAGCCCUCUCUGCUGGACUCCAUGGCGGAAGCUUUGGAGUCGAGGCUGAAGCGUGAAACAAGCGCAGGUGCAGAUGCACAGGUCAUGCUUCUCCUUUGCGAUGCUGGGAUCAUGGAGCAGGUGACUGGCAUCCCGGCGAAGCACGCGAGCGCUGCGUUGGCGAUCGCAAGACGAAGAGCGCCCUGCUGCUUACAGGAAAUCCCGCAGUUCGCGGCCGGCGCUACCUUUCGCGCACUCGCGUUGGAAAGAGGUCUUGACGAGGAAUCUGUUGGGGCUUUGUUUCGAGUCGCAGCUGCCUUUGGUGUGUCCGUGGUGCUCUGUGACUCGGAGUGCGGCGAUCCCUUCCACCGGCGAGCAGUCCGAGUGUCCAUGGGACAUGUGCUACGUGUCCCCUUUGUUCAGGGCUGCCUCCAUGAUUUGCUUGGCGAAUUGGUUGCAGCGGAUGUGCAGACUAUUGCCGUGUGCGAUGGUCUGCAUGAGACGGGCUCAUACCUCGAUGAGCUCACCGAACUACAGAGCCGGUGGGCCUGCUUCGUUGGAGUGGAUGGUGGUGUGCAAGAACCCCUGGCCAAGCUUUGCAGGUCCUGCAUAUGA